AUUUCUCUAUAUCUUUCUACCUUUUUCUUUCUUCUAAGCUUCCUCUUUUGUGGUCAUCUAUGAUAGCAGCUUAGGCCUACUUUCCCCUAAAUAACUUGCCUUUCAAGUACUCCUUUCUUUCUUCAUAUUCCAUCUCUCUCUCUCUCUCUCUCUCUCUCCAUUGACAAGGAGCAUGCCUGAAUGUCCACAGCAAGGGAGAGGGCUGAUGAAGUAGGCAAGAAGAUCAAGAGGGAACCCGAUGUUCCCGAUCGCAUGGCACGCCGUCACCUGCUAGGUCCGGUGGGAGCCCUGAACACCAUCACUCCAUGCGCCGCUUGCAAGCUCUUGAGGAGGCGAUGCGCCCAAGAAUGCCCUUUCUCUCCUUAUUUCUCCCCUCAUGAGCCCCAAAAGUUUGCUUCAGUUCAUAAAGUAUUUGGUGCAAGCAACGUCUCCAAGAUGCUAAUGGAGGUUCCCGAGAGUCAGAGGGCCGACGCGGCCAACAGUCUUGUCUAUGAAGCGAAUGUGAGGCUGAGGGACCCUGUCUAUGGGUGCAUGGGGGCGAUCUCGGCGUUACAACAGCAGGUCCAGGCCUUGGAGGCGGAGCUCGCAGCGGUGAGAGCUGAGAUAUUGAAGUACAAGUAUAGGUCUGCUGGUGCUACCGUCCUCCCCUCAUCUCAUGCUGCAGCCCUUCUAGCCUCCUCUGGGGAGGUCUCAUUUGGUGCACCGCUGCCGCCCAUCGCAGCUCGAACAGCCCCUCCUCCAGCUCCUGCUUCGUCUUCUUCCUCCAUGUACACCGCUGCAUCGAGCUCCACGGACUACAGCUCCACCACAAAUGAAAAUGUUCCAUACUUCGGCUAAAGACUUGGAUUUUAUUGAGUCAUGAACCAUUUGGAAUAAAGGAAGAAGGAAAUAUUGGUUGGCUGGAGGACUACCAUUUGGAUUACAGACUUGGUUGAUGGUUAGAAGCUCAUACUCACCUAGAACUUGUUAAAUUGUGCGUUUUGAUUAUCUGAUGCCUUAGAUUUCUUCCACUGUUUCUUUUUCCUUUCUUUUUCCCUUUUUUUUCCCAUCUUCCUAUCUGUCAUGAUUCAUGGACAUAAAUUUUGGAGUCUUUGUAUCUUAUUCCAUAUGUGAGCGAUUGUUAGGAAAUUAUUAGUUAAGCUUUGAGGUAUCUUUCUUCAUGGAAAAACAAAAUCCAUAAUUUUUGGGCAUAUAAAAUAUUUUGUGCAUGCAGGUGAUUUCAAUAUUU